AUGGAGGCUCCUCCCGCCAAGCUGAUUGGCGACGAUUCCUCUCGGCGGAAGGAUAAGGACAAAGGUAAGAAAAAGAAGGGGAAGGCCAAGGAUGAAGGCAAGAUGAAGAUGGACAAAAAGAAGACCAAGACCAAGAAGAAGAAGAAGGACAAAACCAGCAACAAUAGGAGCCUUCCCGCCGGGAACCAGUUGACAUCACAUCCCCCACUCAUGCGAGGCAGCUCCUCCGAAGGAGAGCACGCCGACGAGAGAACGGAGCGAUCUAUCAGUUUGCCCGAGAGCGUAAGCGAGGGGGCUGACAAUGGAGAGGAGGAAGAGAUUAUGGGCGACAACACCGGGGACGAAGUGGACUUGUCAUUUGACGAGAGUAGUGAAAACGCUGAUGACGAUGCCGGAGAUGGGAGCGGCCUCUACCACUCGUGGAACUUCCUCGGCCCUUCCUUGUCGGGAAAGUGGUCUGAAGAGCGAAAACGAGAAGUGGAAAACCGGGCGCUGGCCAUCUCUAACGCUAUGGGCGAGGAACGCAUCAUCGCCUGCCAGGCUCUGUGGCGUCGCGCCCUCUGUGUGUCGCGCUUCCGCAUUCUCGUCCGAAUGAACCGCAAGCGCGCCUCCAUCGUGGACGAGCUCAUCGCAUCCGAGAAGGACUACGUCGCGGAUCUCACCCUCGCCGUGGACAUGUACCUCAAGCCACUGCGCGACAGCCUGUCCACAAACGAGCCCAUCUUGCCGUCGGAGAUGACGCUGCGUUCGCUGUUCUCGGACAUCGAGGUGAUCCGGAACUACAACUCGGCCUUGCUGCAGCAGAUACUUCGACGCCACGCCCAGUGGGGACCCUACCAGAAAAUCGGCGAUGUAUUUGUACGAAUGAACCACUUCCUGAAAGCCUACUCCAACUACUGUAAACAUUACAAAGAAGCCCUGAUCACACUCGGUCAACUGUAUAGAAAUAAUCGAUUUGUGGCAUUCCUGCGAAAGGUGGCCGAGGGACCAGCUAUAAACGGCCGGACGCUCGAACACUUCCUCGCACUCCCCGUGGGCCGCAUCCCCGCCUACACAGACCUGCUGGACCGCUUUGCGCGGUACACGUGGGAAACCCAUCCGGACCGGCCCGACCUCUCCGAAGCGUGCGAUUCGCUGCGGGAGCUAACGGCCUACGUGCAGGACUCGCGUGCGGACGUCCAGCACAUCCUCACCGUCCUCCACAUCCAAAACACUCUCCUGGGCACCGACAAGAACAUCGUUACGCUGGGGCGACGGCUGGUGCGGGAGGGCGAAAUUGAGGAGGUGUCGCGAGACGGCAGCAGGAACUCCAUGUGGCAUCUCUUCCUCUUCAACGACAUCCUCCUGUGGACGCGACCGGUCGUCCCAUCCUCCUCUUCAUCAUCAUCAUCGUCUUCUUCCUCGUUGUCGUCCUCUUCUCCUGCGUCGUCCGCUUCCUCCUCGUCCCUGCCCGGCGCGGCGCGCAAUCCGCAGGGCGCGGCCUCGCUGGCCUCGUCGUCUUCCGGCGGCCGGUCGCCGACCACGUCGCCGCGGCGCGGCAGCCGGUCUUCCAUUUCCUCCAUAUUCGUUUCUUCGGAGAUCCCGCUCUCCCGCUCGGCUUCGGCGGUCGUCGCUGCCGUGUCGUCCGGGUCGUCGUCGGCGCUGACAUCGGAGACCAGAUACAACGUCGAGAUGAUCGACGACCUCGUCCACCUCACCGUCUCCGAGGUGCCCCUCGCCUACAACCACCCCGACGCCGAGGAUGACUACGGGAUGUACAUGGUGCGGGGCACGACCGGCGCGACGCCGGUGCUGCUGGUGGCACACAGUGCGCGGGAGCGCAAGUCGUGGCUGCAGGACCUGUACUCGUGCAUCGACGACACCGUCUCCAAGCACUAUCUGCGCAUAGUGGAGGAGAGGAAGCAGGUGGUGCAUCGCGAACUGUUGGGCAUCAUGCAGCUGCGCAAGGACGAGUACUUCCAGUACCUCCGCCACUCGCGCUCUUCGGCCGUGCCCUCCAACCUCAACAAAAAGGGAAAAGAGAAGAAAAAGAAGCCGGCGGGUAGUAAGCGAGCGGGACUCGGCCGCAUCCUGCCCAUGGGCCGCCGGCUCUCGGACGCCACUGUGGCCGCCGAGACCACACCCACGCGCACCACCCAGAACCCGCUCGCCCAGGUUCCGUUGCGACAGUCGAUCAACCCAGCGCCAAACAUGGACCAGCUGGCGGCGUCGGCGGCGCCCUCGCCCUCGCUGGCGGGCGGCGUGGGCCUGGGUGGUGGCGGGAUGGGCGGCGUGGGCCUGGUGGGCGUCGACUCGAGCCACCAGGCGAAGCUCCACAAGUCGGCGUCGGUCACGCAGCUCGACCUCCUCAUGGCCGAGAUGAAGAACGACCCGCGCGCCAUGAUCCACCUGGCCCCGCGGCUCGAGCGCACCAUGCAGCGGCUCAACCUGCACGACGCGUGGGACGACGAUCGGCUGCGCAAGAAGGAGCGCGAGCGCGAACUCCGCGAGAGGGAGAAGGAGCGCGAGCGCGAGAAGAACAAUCGAAACGGAUCGUCGUCAAAGUCGGGCUUCAAGCGAUCGCUGUCGCUCAAGAUGCGCGGCGAGAAGAAGUACGAGAAGGACCGCAUCAGCGGCGUCGACAAGGAGCACCGCAAGGACAAGGACAGCAAAACGAAGAGCGGCAAGGGCAAGGAGAAGGAGAAAGGGCGAGAACACAACCACCACGGCCACGGCCAUGGCCACAACCACGAGGAGGAGGGCGAGGCGGAGGAGGGCGAGGACGGCUCGUCGCCGUCGACGUCGUCGUCCAUCUCGGUCAUCGCCUCCAACAACAGCAGCGCCGAGUGGGACCUGGGCAGCAACGUCAAGCGACCAACCGCCGCCUCAUCGUCGUCGUCCUCGGGCAGCGGCAGCAAGCCGCGCAAGUCCUCGCGAGAAGCUGACCGAAAGCCUUGA